UCAUAGGGAAGGUACGAGGUGCUGCAGUAUAAUCAAGGAUGUGGACUAACGUCAUAGUCGUGACGGUGGCUGUGGUUGGAGUUUUAUACUGGAGAUCACAGCGCGUGGACCAGUUUAUCAUACAAGAGAAUCCUGAUGAACGCUACGAUUACGUCAUAGUGGGAGCAGGUAGUGCAGGCUGCGUAUUGGCUGCUCGCCUCUCUGACGUCAGUAGCAACAAGGUGCUUCUACUGGAGGCAGGAGGCGACCCUUCUGAAAACGAGAAUGUUGUAAAACCUUCAUCAUUCUUGUCACAAAUAAAUACAAAGCAAGACUGGAGCUUCAGGACUGUGCCACAGAAAAAAGCCUGUCGAGGUCUUGAAGAGAAGAGGAGCCGGUGGCCAAGAGGACGAAUGCUUGGCGGGUCAAGCGGUCUAAACGCUAUGCAGUAUGUACGAGGCAACAAGGGAGACUUUAAUCUCUGGGAAAAGAUGGGCGCACGGGGAUGGAGUUAUAACGACGUCCUGCCAUACUUCAAAAAAGCCGAAGACAACCAGAAUGAGGAAUAUGUGCGGAGUGGUUACCAUGGGUCAGGUGGACCAUGGACAAUCUCUGAUUCUUCAUACACAGAACUGAUCGAUGUUUUUCUAAAUGCUGCGCAGGAACUUGGUUAUAAACUUGGUGAUGUUAAUGGAGAGAACCAAGAAGCUUUUAUGAAAUCACAAGCAAACAUAAAGGGUGGAAAACGUUGGAGCACAGCUGAGGCAUAUCUGAGACCAGCCAUGCACAGAUCAAACCUAGACAUAACCAUCAAUGCGCACGUAACCAAGAUAAACUUUGAUGGUAAGAAAGCAACAGGAGUCACCUUCAUUAACGGUGCUGAAAAGAAGACUGUUCAUGUGUCAAAGGAAGUGAUUCUCUCUGCUGGUAGCAUUGGUUCUCCACACAUCCUCAUGUUGUCUGGUGUUGGGCCAAAGGAUCACCUUGCCAAGUUCAACAUAUCAACUGUUGCUGACUUACCGGUCGGGCAACACCUACAAGACCAUUGUGGAGUCGUCUAUCCCGAGUUCUGGAUAGACAAGCCAAUAACAAUCACUGCAGAUCUUCUAGAGAGCUGGCAGAGUAGCCUGAAGUACAGCCUCUUUGGAAAAGGUUGGUUAGUCGACGUUGACGUUAAGACAUGUCGGAUCCGUGGACUCAAUGGUGUAAGAGUAGUUGAUGCUUCUAUAAUGCCGGAGAUUGUAUCGGCUAACACCCAGGCCACUACAGUAAUGGUGGCAGAGAAGGCAGCUGACAUGAUCAUAUCAGGAGCAUGAUCAACUACAAAUUAUAUAGUACUAGCUGCUAAAAAGUAUUAUCGUGCACUAGAUUGUUGAACAAUACACGGAUAAGAAACCUUGUAGAGCUUACAUUCAGUAUACAUUGU